AUGUCCAAGUCUUUCACUUCUGGCGAGGUCGCCUCGCAUAACAAGCCUGACAAUCUGUAUAUCAUUGUUGAUGAGGAUGUGUACGAUCUUACAAAGUUCCAAGAAGAACACCCGGGUGGCAAGAAGAUCCUCCAACGAGUAGCAGGAAAAGAUGCGAGCAAGCAGUUCUGGAAGUACCACAACGAGUCUAUCCUCAAGAAGUACCAGAAGCAGCUCCAGGUCGGCUCGCUAGACAGCAAGGCGAAGACAGCUGCACCACCUUCGCCACCAGCUACACCUCCCCCAGAGGAGAAGAAAGAGAGAGUGGUACCCUCGGCAGAGUCGGGCACAGUUGCACCUAUGCCUGGUCCCGCGGCUGAAGAGGAAGCUGAGGCGAUGGAUGCAUAUGGAGACAUGAUUCCUUACGCCGAUCCAUCCUGGUAUCAGAGCUACCACACGCCCUACUUCGACCAGUCGCAUGCUGCUCUUCGUGACGAGGUACGGCAGUGGAUGGAGGAAGAGGUAAUGCCAAACGUUACCGAAUGGGAUGAGGCAAAGAAGGUCCCAGACAGCAUAUACAAGGCUAUGGGAGAAAGAGGCUACCUGGCAGGACUGCUUGGCAUCCACCCAUACCCGAAGAAGCUCGCCGGAGGUAGGACUGUCAAGACGGUGGCACCGGAGCAGUGGGAUCUGUUUCACGAGAUGCUUCUCACCGACGAGCUUUCUCGGUCUGGAUCUGGCGGCUUUGUAUGGAACCUGAUCGGUGGCUUCGGCAUCGGGUGCCCUCCUUUGGUGAAGCAUGGCAAGAAAGCUCUCGUCGACCGUAUCGUACCGGACAUCCUCUCCGGUAACAAGCGUAUCUGUCUUGCCAUUACAGAGCCCGAUGCCGGCUCAGACGUCGCGAACUUGACAUGCGAGGCCAAGCUGACUGAAGAUGGUAAGCACUACAUCGUCAACGGCGAGAAGAAGUGGAUCACCAAUGGCAUAUGGUGUGAAUACUUCACAACUGCCGUCCGGACUGGGAAAGAGGGCAUGAACGGUGUCUCUGUGCUACUCAUUGAGCGCAGUAUGGGUGGUGUCAGCACACGCCGUAUGGACUGCCAGGGCGUCUGGUCGUCCGGCACAACUUAUAUCACCUUUGAGGACGUCAAGGUUCCCGUAGAGAACCUUAUUGGCAAGGAGAACCAGGGAUUCAAGGUACUAAUGACGAAUUUCAACCACGAGCGCAUUGGCAUCAUCAUCCAAUGCCUCCGCUUCAGCAGGGUCUGCUACGAAGAGAGCAUGAAGUAUGCUCACAAGCGACGCACUUUCGGCCAGAAGCUCAUCAACCACGCCGUCAUUCGUCUCAAGCUCGCUCACAUGGCAAGACAGAUCGAGGCAUCCUAUACAUGGCAUGAGAGCCUAGUCUACCAAUGCCAGAAGAUGUCUGACAUGGAAGCCAUGCUGAAACUUGGAGGCGCUAUUGCUGGCUUGAAGGCACAAGCUACCGUCACAUUUGAAUUUUGUGCUCGGGAAGCUAGUCAGAUCUUCGGCGGUCUGAGCUACAGCAGAGGUGGUCAAGGUGCCAAGGUGGAGAGGCUGUACAGGGAUGUGCGAGCUUAUGCUAUACCUGGCGGUAGUGAAGAGAUCAUGCUUGAUUUGAGCAUUCGCCAGGCUUUGAAAGUGCAUAAGGCGUUGGGCAUGAAGUUGUAG